AUGGCAGAAGACAGAACAUCCGUCUCUACCCUUGCCCUCCUGGCAGAACAGGAUCCGCAGCAACUCCAGCAUCGUGCUAACAGCCUUCGCAGCUUGGAGUUUAUUGCCGACGAUUCCAUGUAUCAUGGUGUUUUCAAAGACAUCAAGUUUCCGACGCUGGAGCGCCUUGCACUCGAUGCAUCGAACCAGAACGAGGAACAUUUGUUAAAGCCCUAUCUCCAACCUGCUCUUAAAGCAUUCAUUUUCUACGGAGGACCGAUUUCUGAAAACUUUUUGGUGACACUUCAGGAAUCUUGUCCACAGCUUGAGGAGCUUCUCAUUGACAACGCACGCGGCAAAAUCACUCCAGAGGGGUUUCUUCACUUCCUCGAAGGCGCCACCUCCUUGAAGAGAAUAGCAAUCAUGUAUGGCAUGGAUCAGGUUGCUACUGAUGAGGUUUUCGUCGCUCUUGCCACCCGGCCUAGUCUGCAGUCGCUCCAAUUUCAGCAAACGAUAAAUGGUGAUCUCAUAUCCUUGGCCGAAAGUCAGCAGACCAAUCAGCAUGAUGAAGCGCAACUCUUUCCAUGUCUUGAUAAGCUCGUUUGCAGGGCAACCUUUGGCGGGCUUGUCCGCCUCCUACCUUACUUACGCCAAGUCACUCACUUAGAGGCUACCAUUAUGAGUGACGGCCAUACUUCUACCGGAUCGGAUACCUUGCUUGAAGCCAUACCCGCCUCCAGUCCCCAUCUGUGCAUUCUAAAGCUGGAAUACUCGGGGGUGAGGCCUGUGCCUAUCAGCCCCAGCGGGCUGGUCCAUCUCGCACAAGGGCUUCCGCACAUUCAGCAACUAGAAAUUUCAGGUCAAGUCCGAGCUCCCGAACUACAAGACCACCACAUGUCCAAGAUUGUGGAGGCUUUGCCUGACCUCAGAAAUCUGCAUCUUGCAUUCGAGUGCUCGUUGACGGAGGCCGCACUUAUCGAACUUGGCCAUGAGCGCGGGAGUAGUAUGACUGACUGCGAGCUCUGGGGAUCUUAUGCCUUGCGAAAUCUCCGAGGAAGCGAUGUAUCCUUUCCUGUGUUGCGGGAUCUUGUCUUAGGAAAAUUAGUGCCGCCUGCAUUCGGCGAUACUAAGAGCGAGGCCGCUUCGGCUGCUCGGGUGGUGAAAGGAUUGGCACCCAACCUCACCUCGUUUGACGUGGUGACUGGAGACGCUUUUGCUAGCUUGGUCGAUACGUGUUGGGCGGAUUUGAUUUAA